GUUUCCGAGCGUCCAUAAGCCCGGCCUCCACGUCCGUCGUCUCCGUCUUCCUGUUCCUGGUCUGAUUAAAUGUCUCGCAGAGCGAUGCGGUCGUCGGUGAGGAGCCGCGACUCCUCGAGUACGUCGACGGGCCCGGACCCAAGAGAGCAAGUGAAAGACUGCUGCCGUAAGCUGGUGGCCUUUAUGUGCACCCAGGUCGGCGUCGGGGGUCUGAUAGUGGGGUACGCGGUGGUCGGAGCCUUCGGCUUCAUCCAUAUAGAGACGAUGUCCGAGUACCCGGAAGUCGAGAUCGCGGCCCGAGCACUAAACACCUGCGCGAAUGACCUCUGGGUCAAAACGGCGGGCGACAGCCUGGUGAACACCCUGAACCAGACGGCGUUCGAGCUCCGGACCAGGGCGGUUUUGAAGGACUUCCAAAACGAACUUGUCCACCUCGCCAAGAAACAAAAGUACCACGGUCGUGGGGUCAAGGACGUCUGGACCUUCCCGGCUGCCCUGAUGUUCUGCAUGUCGGUCUUCACGAUGAUCGGUUACGGGAACAUCGUGCCCAGGACCCAUCUUGGCCGGUGGGUGACGGUCGUGUACGCCGUGAUCGGCAUCCCUCUCUACAUACUCUACUUCAUGAAUAUGGGCAAGGUCCUCGCCCAGAGCUUUCGGUGGCUUUACAGGCGAGCCCACGAGUGCACCGGGAAGCAGAGAACCGGCGGAGAGCGCAUAAUCGUACCCUCGACGGCCUGCCUCUGGGUAAUUUUCGGCUACGUCUUGGCCGGAUCCGUGACCUUCGCCCAGUGGGAGAACUGGGGCUUCCUUGACAGCGUUUACUUCUGCGUUACCUCGCUCUGUAAGAUCGGCAUCGGCGACUUCGUCCCUGGCGUGACUAGCUUUGGGUCUCGCGACGGAAGUCACGCCUCAAGUCAAACCAAGCUCGUCAUCAACUUCGUCUUCCUGCUACUCGGCAUGGGCCUCAUCGCCAUGUGCUACAACCUUAUGCGCGAAGACGUGCGUGUCAAGGCAAGGGAACUCAAGGAAUUCCUCAGAAGGACGGUCGAGGAGGUUCGCCUCAAGUUUUUACUCUGCUGCCACUUGCCUGUCAACGAGUAAAUCGUUUAAUAUUACCGGACAGGUCGGACACUCGGUAUUUGCAACGAUCUCAAUUGCCACGGACCUUUUCAUUUCGA